UAAUGCAGGCCUAAUUUGCACGAUAACACCUAAAGGAGUUUAAUGUACCAGAUUAGGUUGUAAAUUAACUGAUACACGUUAACUAUACUGUUUACAACACGUCUAAAGUUGUGUUUAAUUAAACGGAAGACCAGUUUAAAUCGCAAAACCGACGGUGUAUGUAUAGAGAGAGAGAGGCGGGGCUCCGUUCAUUCCUAUGAGACUCGCUCAGUGUCGCAUGAAGCCUGAAAUAGAGCGACUGUAGAGUGAGAAAGUGUCCGAAAAUCGGCUUCGGAGGCCGGCUAAUUUCCUAGAGGUUGGAGGCUACUUUACCGCAAGCUAACGCGACUAGCUUAAGGAUAGAAGGGACGCUUUAUUUAGAUAACGUUCCUGCGAUGCAUUCACUGUCUCAGGAGAUCCAGGGUUUCUCCAAGAGCCGUCUGAAGAAACAGUGCACGAGGGUAACCACGGUGACCGGCAGGAGGCUGCUGGAGAGGAGGGGGGGUGGAGAGGAUGAUGAUGGAGGAGUAGAGGAAGAGGAGGAAGGAGCUGCGUUUGGAUUUGUAGAAGAUACAAGUCUGGACCUGCAGGUGGGCGUGGUGAGACCCUUCAUACUGCUGGGAUCUCAGGAUGCAGCGCACGACGAGGAAACCCUGCAGAGGCUUAAGGUGACUCACGUUCUGAACGUGGCGUACGGAGUCUCUAACCUGCUCCCAGAUCAGCUGGUUUAUAAAACGCUGCAGAUCCUCGACCUCCCCGACACCGACAUCACGUCGUACCUGGAGGAGUGCAGCGGCUUCAUCGAGCUGGCACGACAACAGGAUGGAGUGGUUCUGGUCCACUGUAACGCGGGCGUGUCUCGCUCCUCCUCCAUCGUGGUUGGCUACCUGAUGUUGAGGGAGGGGCUUACCUUCGAUGAUGCGUACAGCCAGGUGAAGCUGGCCAGACCCUCGACUCGCCCAAACCCCGGCUUCUACCAGCAGCUCCAGACCUACAAACCAUAGAUUCAAAAGAUUCAGAGAUUCAAAGGUUUUAUCCUCAGAAGCUACGGUGUAGAAAUGGCAACGAAACUCUUCUGACCUGAGCUCCUCCAACAAUGCAACAUAUAGAAUAAAAUACAGAAGAAGUCUAUAUACAUGUAAAUAGAAUAUGAAAUUAAAUAAUGUACAUUAAGACAACAUUAAAUACGGUGUAUUGCGGUGAUAACUAUUUAUAUAAAUAAGUCGAUUCCAAGAUGACAAACAGAUGAAUGUGUUAGACAUGCAUUCUUUCUGUCCACCAGGGGGCAGCAGAGUCAAGCUGAAACACACAGGACUCCUUUGUUUACUUCCUGAACACAGUGACAUCACCACGGAACACUCACGCUCCUAUUGGCUAGCGCUGCAACACACUGUACGUGAUAGGCUAAGGGGGCGGGACAUCUCUAAGCGGUGGACCAAUCACAACAACAACAGAAUUCUCCGUGGGUUUGUAAAUUGAUCCUUUGUUAACCUUAACAUCUUCAUUAGUAACUAUACACCUUGAGAGGAAGUCAUGAAAAACUAAGUACAGAAUUUAUUUUAUCGUGAAAAUGGUCUACCCGGGUGUAUUUUUUAAGAUGCUGUUUUAUCAUCAAAUAUAAUAAAACUCUCAUUGUAAGAUGCCAUCCAGUUGAAACAGGAACAUUCUUACUUUUUUUUAUGUCUUUUUAAGUAUUUUUCAGUUUUUCGUGCAAGAAAUACAACACUAAUAUCGUGUCAUUGUUGAUAUUUGCUCCAAUAA